CAGCGCCCAAAGAAUAGAGAGGGCCAUUGGCCGCCGUCCUGUUAGAAAAUAACGGUGCUUGAUAAUUUUGCAGCCCAAGGGGACAGGGACCGAGAACAGUGUCGAAGCUGGACUCUGAGCAGCCUCCCUUGGGGCAGUUUGAGGAAGGCGCCGGAAUUAAAGUCCAAUGCGUGGUGCCGUUUCGGCCACCGUAGCACGGUGUACGGGAGCUCGUAGAGGACAAAAUUCCCUGCGCUUUUACGACUUCUGCGUUUUCUUCGAGUGAAGUAAAACUUAGAAGAGGCGAUACGGCUAGGUCCAGGGGAGAGCGCGCCUAGGCCCGUCCCUCCCUGCCAUGAGCAGCCUAGUGCGGACCGAGCCGCUGCGCGGCGGGGCACCUCUGCUGGUGCCCGGUGACUCCUACUCGGUCGUGGUUCUGCUGCAGGGCUACGCGGAGCCCGAGGGCGUGGAUGACGCCGUGCGCGCCGACGGCUCUGUGACCCUUGUCCUGCCCCAGGCCUGGGGCCCGGCCUCUGGCCAGCAAGAGUCCCCGUGCGGAGGCGGCGGCGCGAAGACCACCCUGGAGGAGGCGGCCCGUGGCCCCAUCCUCGUGGACACCGGGGGCCCCUGGGCUCGGGAGGCGCUACUGGGGGCCCUGGCGGGACAGGGCGUGUCCCCGGGAGACGUGACUCUUGUGGUGGGGACCCACGGGCACUCAGACCAUAUCGGGAACCUGGGGCUGUUUCCGGGCGCGGCUCUGCUGGUCUCGCACGACUUCUGCCUCCCCGGGGGCCUCUACCUGCCCCAUGGGCUGGGUGAGGAGCGGCCCCUGCAGCUGGGGCCCGGGCUCGAGGUGUGGGCCACGCCGGGCCACGGGGGCCAGCGGGACGUGAGCGUGGUGGUGGCGGGCACGGCCCUGGGCACCGUGGUGGUGGCGGGCGAUGUGUUUGAGCGCGAUGGGGACGAGGAUUCGUGGCAGGCGCUGAGCGAAGACCCGGUGGCCCAGGAGCGGAGCCGGAAGAGGGUCCUAGACACUGCCGACGUAGUCGUUCCUGGUCACGGAGCCCCUUUUCUGGUGUUCAGGGAGGCCUCCCAACCAGAGAAAAAGAGUUGACGGGACAGCCGGCAACAGCCCCCCCGAACUGAUAAGCCCCGAGAGGGACUGGACUCUUGUCAAGGAAGCCCUUACAGCUAGGAACGAGACGGAGAGGACCCGGCCCACCACAGUCAGAGCAGUCAAGGGUGGUCGCUUCCAGCCCUUCCAGGAGGCCAGUUUUCCAGUGAGGACACAGUGUUUUACCACUGUGGUUGCCAGUAUCACUCUCUGCCGGUCUCUGCAAGCAAACUAGGGCCAAGCAAGGACUGGCUCAGCUCCGUGUGCAUCCUCCCCAGGCCUCAGCAAAAUGGGAGAAUAUUCUUGUGAGGGUUCUCCGAAAUAAAAAUAGAAACUGCAUUGAAAAUCA